AUGGUGAUACUCCGCCGCACGAGGAGCGAGUCACAGUUGGCUUUCAGCGUAACUGAUGAUGUCGAAGAUUAUCCCCAGAAGGGUCUCGUUGCGCGCCGAUAUAUGGGGACGGUGGCGGAUCAGCGGGAUAUGAGUGCACUGGGCCGAGUACAGGUGCUACGGAGAAACUUCCGAUUUAUUUCAAUUGUCGGAUUUGGUUGCACGCUGAUUUGUACUUGGGAGGUUAUCUUAACAUUAUUGUCCGCCGGAUUAACUGAUGGCGGCACCGCAGGUCUGAUCUGGGGCUUUAUUGGUGUGUCGUUGGGCUUUACGCUCGUGUAUGCCAGUAUCGCUGAGAUGGCAUCGAUGGCUCCAACUGCUGGCGGACAGUACCAUUGGGUAUCAGAGUUUGCGCCUCGGAGAGGACAGAAGUUUCUGAGCUACAUCACAGGUUGGCUCUCUGCAAUGGGUUGGCAAUGCGCCAUCGUCUCCAUCGCUUAUCUAGCUGGCACCAUCAUCCAGGGCCUAGUGGUUCUCAAUCAACCAGACUACAACUUCCAACGAUGGCAUGGCACUAUGUUGGUAAUCGCCAUCUCCACAUUCUCGAUUCUGUUCAACACGUUUCUCGCCAAGAACCUGCCCUUUGUGGAAGGAUUGAUCUUGAUCAUCCAUGUCAUCGGCCUCUUUUCGAUUGUCAUCCCGCUGUGGGUGCUGGCGCCGCGUAACAAUGUCCGUGAUGUCUUCACGCAUUUCAACAAUGGUGGCGGCUGGGAUAGUUCCGGGACGGCAACCUUGGUUGGUUUGUCGACGACGAUUACUUCCAUGCUAGGCUACGACUGCUCUGUCCACAUGUCUGAGGAAAUCAAAGAUGCAUCAGAAACACUGCCCAAAGCGAUGAUGUCCUCUGUGGCAGUCAAUGGGGUCUUGGGGUUCAUCAUGUUAGUGACGUUAUGCUUCACCCUGGGAGACGUCGAAACAGUACUGGAGAGUUCCACGGGGUUCCCGUUUAUCCAAAUAUUCUACAACACGACCGGCAGCAUCGCCGCGACCAACGCGAUGACCGCCGUGCUGGUAGUCACCCUAACCGCCAGUACAAUCACAGAAGUCGCGACCGCAUCCCGGCAGCUAUGGUCAUUUGCGCGAGACGAAGGCCUUCCAUUCUCAUCGUUCUUUGCAUACGUUACACCAGGCUGGAACAUUCCGCUCAACUCCGUGAUGGUCUCGCUCUUUGUAACCAUCCUGCUCUCCAUGAUCAACAUCGGCAGCACCGUCGCUCUCAACGCCGUGAUCUCGCUGACAAUCACAUCCCUGAUGUCCGCGUACAUUGUGUCCAUCGGCUGCGUGCUGCUGAAGCGCCUGCGCGGCGAGCCCCUACCCCACCAUCGCUGGACGCUGGGCCGGUAUGGCAUGGCAGUCAACAUCGGUGCGCUGGCCUUCCUGCUGCCAGUGUUUAUCUUCGCCUUCUUCCCGCUGUCGACGCCUGUGACUCGCGAGACGAUGAACUGGAGCGUAGUCAUGUACGCUGGCGUCAUCGGAUCGGCGUCGGUAUAUUAUUGGGUCCGCGGGCGGCAUCAUUUCAUUCCGCCCGUGGCUCUGGUGAAGCGGGAGGAGGCUGGGUUCUAG